AUGGCAAGACUUUCAAAUUGGAUGAAGGAGAAACCACCAGAUGAACACAAUCAAAAGUGGCAAGCACUUUACAGAAGAUAUGCUGUCAAAGAAGCAAUAAGACAUCCAGCCUGCUCUAGUCACUCCAGAUGGUGUAUAAACCCAUUUGGCAAUGUGGUUAUCAUGCCAAUAAAGGUUCAUGUAUGUAUAGUAACACUGAAAAACUACCAGCAUGUCCUUGCCUUGGCAUUUGCUGUGAAGGAGGUCAAUGACAACCCCAAGAUCUUACCCAAUAUCAGCCUCGGGUUCCACAUCUAUGACAGCUACUCCAAUGCCAAGUUGACCUACCAGAACAUCUUGAACUUCCUCUGCCCCUCGAAAAGGAUGAUCCCCAACUACAGUAGUAACAACCAGAGGAAUCUGAUGGCUGUCAUUGGGGGACUUGAUUCCGAAACAUCUCUCCACAUUGCCAACAUUAUUAACCUAUACAAAAUUCCACAGGUUACCUACAGUUUCUAUGGCCCAUUGACAGAUGAAACAAACCAGAUUCCUUCCAUCUACCAGAUGGUCCCCAAUGAAGCCAACCAGUUCAAGGGGAUUCUCCAACUACUUCUUCAUUUCCAGUGGACAUGGGUUGGGAUUGUUGCACUGCGUAGCAAUAAAGGAGAAAUGUUUGUGCAGAUCUUGACAUCCUUGCUGUCCCAGAAUGGUAUCUGUCCUGCCUUCAUCCAUUGGCUACCAACCUUGACUUCUCCUGAAGACAUGAAUGACAUUUUCUACAUGACAAGGCCCAGAGAGUAUUUGGCCCUUUUUCUAACCAAGAUGGAAGUCAAUAUAUUUAUCAUAAAGGCAGAUACAUAUGCAAUGUCUUCUUUGAAAUGGUUUUUAUAUUUGGCACAAAUGGAAGUUAUGCCAGAAAUAAUCAUGGGCAAGGUAUGGAUUUUGACAGCAGAGUGGGAUUUCUCCUUUCAAACAUUGGACAGGCUUUUGGAUAUUAAAGUUUUCCAUGGUGCUUUGUCCUUUAAUGUGAAGACCAAUGAAAUAGUUGGGUUCCAAAAUUUCAUUCACUUUGUAAGUUCCAAUUGGCCAGAAGAAGAUGAUUUUAUCAGGGUCUUCUGGGGGCCAGCAUUUAACUGUUUGUUGUCAGAUUCCAAACUGAAUGAAGACAUGGGCAGAUGCACUGGGCAGGAGAAGCCUGAGAGCCUUCCAGCUCCUUUUUUUGAGAUGACCAUGACUGCCCAGAGCUACAGCAUCUACAACUCUGUCCUUGCUGUAGCACAAGCUUUGCUUGCCAUGUACUCAGUGAAGCAAAAAUACACUUUAACAGUAGUGGAAGGAAACAUAAAGGAGUCUUUCAGUCUACAACCUUGGCAGCUUCAUCCUUUCCUGAGGAGCAUCUCAUUUAACAACACUGCUGGGGAUCUCAUUCGCUUUAAUAAGAGAGGUGAAUUAGAAACAAGAUUUGACAUUAUCAACUGGGUGACAUUCCCAAACCAAAGUUUUCAAAGAGUGAAAGUAGGAGGGAUGGAUCCUCAGGCUUCACCGGGCACAGAGUUCACCAUUAAAGAGGAAUUCAUCACUUGGCACAUGGCAUUUAAUCAGGUUCAGCCGCUUUCUGUGUGUAACGACAACUGCCAUCCAGGUUACAGUAGAAGAAAGAAGGAGGAGGAGGCGUUCUGUUGCUACGAUUGUGCUCCAUGCCCAGAACGAAAGAUUUCCGACAAGAAGGACAUGGAUGAUUGUGUCAAAUGCCCAGAAGAUGAGUACCCAAACAAGCACCAUGAUCAAUGUCUUCCUAAGAUUCUAAACUUCUUGUCCUAUAACGAACCUUUGGGGAUCACUUUAGUUCUUUUGGUUCUCUCUUUAUCUCUGAUCGCAGCCCUGGUACUUGGAAUCUUCAUUAAACACCGGAACACCCCCAUUGUCAAAGCAAACAAUCGGAAUCUAACCUACUGUCUACUUUUCUCCCUCCUGAUUUGCUUCCUUUGCUCCUUGCUGUUCAUUGGCCGACCUCAGACAGUGACUUGCCUUCUCCGCCAAACAUCUUUUGGCAUCAUCUUCUCAGUGGCUGUUUCUUCUCUGUUGGCAAAAACUGUCACUGUGGUUCUAGCUUUCAUGGCCACUAAACCAGGAAGCCAGAUAAGAAAAUGGGUGGGAAACCAACUGGCAUGUUCAAUUGUUAUUUCUUGUUCCACUGUUCAAGUGGUGAUAUGUAUUCUGUGGCUCUACAUAGCUCCUCCAUUCCCUGGACAGGAUACAAAGUCCAUGACUGAAGAAAUUGUACUGGAAUGUGAUGAAGGGUCUGCUGCCAUGCUUUACUGUGUUUUGGGCUACAUGGGAUUCUUGGCUGCUGUCACCUUUGCUGUGGCUUUUUUUGCUCGCAAGUUACCCAACACAUUUAAUGAAACCAAGUUCAUCACUUUCAGCAUGCUGGUGUUUUGCAGUGUUUGGUUAUCCUUUGUACCAACUUACCUGAGUACGAAAGGCAAACAUAUGGUAGCUGUGGAGAUCUUCUCUAUCUUAGCUUCCAGUGCUGGAUUACUUGGCUGUAUUUUUUCCCCCAAGCUCUAUAUAAUUAUUCUGAAACCCAAGUUGAAUAUCAAGGAGCAGCUACUAAUGAGAAAGAAGUAG